AGGAAAUCAACACGAGGUUGCGCCUUCAAGGAACCGGAAAAUGUUCAACAUUUCAGCAGUCAGAACAGACCCUACUUGCAGCUGUCGCAGCUGCAGGCGUACACUGAGUACGAGGUGUGCGUGUACGCAUUCAACGAGGGAGGGGAAGGCGAAAAGUGUCAAAUUUUCGAGACAUUGCCGGACAGAGCUCCUGCACCUGUGGAGGCUUUGAUCUCCUACCCAUCAUCCAGUUCUAUUAGCCUUCAGUGGAGGAAACCUUGUCCUCCCAUGGCCUUCAUCAGCGGCUACCGCGUUACAGUCUCUCGAGCCCUUAACUACGUCAAAACGUCCGAGUGCAUGAAUAACGAAGCACUCUUUUGCCACACGAUCACUGGUCUACAACCUGCACAAAUGUACAACAUUGAGGUACAAAGCUGUGCCGCUGACUCCUACAGCAACUGUUCUGCAGCUAGAGCAACAAUCGUCAUGACGGGACGAGCAGCUCCCGACGUCCCGAACUUGAGUAUCGUGCCUGACGUCACCUCAGCGAGCUUGGCAUGGACUGCGCCACGAGGAGAAUUUUUCAACGUUACUUUGGUGAAUAAAACCAGAAGGGGCUGUUCCAACACGAAACCCGAAACUGUUCAACUAUUUUUGAAUAUGAGCGGGCAUGACUGGCAGCUGACGCAGCUGCAGUCGUACACUGAGUACGAAGUGUGCGUGUACGCCUACAACGAGGGGGGAGACAGCAAGAAGUGUGAAGUGUUCGAGACAUUGCCGGACAGAGCUCCGGGGCCCGUAGAAAACUUGACCUUUUCUACAACGUCCACUUCCAUCAGCCUGCGCUGGAAGAAACCUUGUCCUCCUAGGGCAGUCAUCAGCGGCUACCGCGUUACUGGUGCGGGAAAAUAUCAGUUCACUCAAAAGUCUGGGUGCGCUCACAAUGAAAACCACUUUUGCCACACCAUUUCGGGACUGCAACCUGAGCGCACAUACCGCAUUGAGGUACAGAGCUGUGCCGCUGACUCUUACUACGCCUGUUCGGCGGCUGAGGCAACAAGCGUUACGACGCGACCACCAGGACAUGUCGAACUUUCAACUGAAGGCAGUCGUGUUGACAUCGUGGACCAUGCGAGGCCUCAAGAAAUUCCAAAUAUUCAUUUCGGACUUUCAGCUGUAGAUGGGUCGCAGUCCCGCUGUGACGCCCCCUUGUGCCCGUGCACAGUGUCUGGCAUGGAGCACGUGUGUUUACCCUGUCACGAACUGCUCGACGUCCGGAGCACGUGCGAAAAAUUGAUGUCCGACGAGCCUCUCUGCUCAGUGGAGAAGACGAUAGGCGUGGGCAUCAGCGUGGCGAGCUGCGGAGGCGAGGGUCUGCCGAUGAACUUCGGGUCCUUUGAAAGAACUUCUAGAUGCGACAAGAAGAAGGUACCUGUGCUGACGGUGAUCGUGGCUGAUUGCUGGGGCAGCGCCACCCUCGCUCUCAGGUGCCACAGCGACGGGCUGUGGGGGUUGUACGGGGAAGCUGUUGCCAACGCCACCGAGCCGCGCACACCGUACGUCUGUCAGCCCCGUCAUCUCAACUCCCCUAUUUGUGGGCGGAGGCCUCGCUACCGCAGCACUGGUGGGAGUAGACUGGGAUUAAAUGAAUUCUACAACCAGCGCAAUCUCUUCCCGUGGGUGCUGGGGCUCAAGAAGAGAGAGCGCUAUGAGUGCAGCGCCACUCUCAUCAGUGAAUCAUGGCUGCUUACUGCGGCGCACUGUGUCGUCAGGUCGCAGGAGAGCAGGAACCAGACCGUAGACGUUCGCGACCUAAGGGUGCAACGAGCAACAGCCAAUCAUAACGAUAGAUACGUGGCAAGAGUGGUUCUUCAUCCCGACUACAAGCCUGGGACAAGGACUACAAACCCACUCAAUGACAUCGCUUUGGUGAGGCUGGAUAAUCCCUUGACGUUCAGUGAGGAAAUGUACCCAGCCUGCAUAGACCUCUACGGAGAAGGCAUCCUCUCGGAAUCUUCGGUGCUGGCGUUCAGCCGCGCCAACGGUGAGAAACAGCACAAGUACGAUGUGGUGCUGCAGCAGCUGGACAUGAACUGUGAGUUUACCGCCCCCUGGUGUAAGUUCCCGGCCAUCGAGGAAACGCAGUUCUGCGGGCUCGCCCUAGAAAAUAAGCAUCAGCUUGUGGGGGGUUCGUCCGGAGGGCCGUGCAUGCAGAACCUGGGCCCCGACUCCGCCGAGAGCUGGGCUGUGUCAGGCGUGGUGUCAGCUGCCAAGAUCAUACCGGGCUGCAGCCAGACAGCGAUCAUUUACACAGCUGUCUCACAAUUUAGAGAGUGGAUAGAAAAUGUGGUUGAUGAUGGAAGUUAAACGAAAAGUCUUGGCUGUGUCAGGCGUGGUGUCAGCUGGCAAGAUCAUACCGGGCUGUAACCAGACAGCGAUCAUUUACACAGCUGUCUCACAAUUUAAAGAGUGGAUAGAAAAUGUGGUUAAUAAUAAUAAUAAUAGCGGUUUCAGC